AUGUCUUGCAGAGUUGUUUUAGAUAACCCAGGGAUUUAUAAACCAGGAGAUGCGAUUACAGGAAGGAUAGUAUUAGAGUUUUCAUCAAGGACGAAUUUUAGAGGUAUAACUUGUAAAUUAAGAGGUAGGGAACACACUUCCUGGACUGAAUCUGAAAGUUACUAUGAUAGUUCGUCUAAAAGCACAAAAUACAGGACUGUCCAUUACUCUGGAGACAACAAGUUUAUCUACCUCAAUCAUGCUCUCAUGCAUGAGAACGCGUUAGCGGCUGGCCGUUAUGAAUAUUCUUUUUCAUUUCAACUUCCAAGAGGAAUUCCUAAUCCAUAUGAAGGCAGUUAUGGAUAUAUUCGGUAUUAUAUUAAGGCAACCGUUGACAGAGCUUUUACUUUUGAUUAUGAAGAUGAAAUAUCACUACACGUAAUUUCGCCUAUAGAUUUUAAUGAAAUUAUACAUGAGCUUCAAUUGAAUCCUGUAUCAUAUCAAGAUGAAAAAACAAUAUGUUGCUGUUGUUGUGCAAGCGGUCCAAUUACUAUGGAUGUAAUUUUAGAAAAAGAAGCAUUUGUUGUUGGAGAGGUUGCUAAAAUUAAAGUAGAUAUUACAAACAUGUCAAAUGAGAGUACCGUAGAAUUAACGUUAUCCUUAAAAAUGACCAUCGAAUCUAAAACAACAUCACCAAAUCAUCAUUAUAAGUAUGAUAAAGAAUAUAUACAACACGUGUCAGAUUCAGGUGUUGGAGCCCACGGACAACGAAUAUAUAAAAUUAAUUUUCCAAUACCUACAUCAGCAGUGAUACCCAAUUUUAUUAAUUGUACUUUAUUUAAGCAGUGGAGUGUUCUUAAGGUUGCAGCAGUUGUUCCAGGUUGCCACACCAAUCUAGAAAUUGAAACUGGAAUUAAACUGGGCCAUAUUCCUCUGCCAGAACGUCCUAGACCACCACCUGUUGCCCCUGUUAUUACAUCUCCAAUAGACGGCGAGAGAGCACCGCCCUAUCCAACAGGUGCCCCCCUGUUUCCAACUCCAAAUGGAACUGGUUUGCCUAGCAUUGGAAUGCCAGUGCCUGUUCACAGAGGAAUUCCAUCAAGUUCAGCCACUGCCCCCUUGGAAGAGGGAGCUGCCUCGGCCCCACCUAAAGCUAAAUUAGCAACUGAUGAAGAUUUUGAAAUGUUGGAUGGCGUUUCAGACGAACCACCGCCUCCAUCUUAUUCGGACUCGAUGAGACAAGAAUUUUCUAACAGAUCGGAAAUGCCUUCAGCGCCUCCAAAAUAA